AUGGAUCAAAAUCAAGGGAAGUUUGAAGAAUACCUUCAUAAGGCUGGAGACCCAAAGUGGAUUGAAGACAUUCAUAAAGAUCUACACCGACAAUUUCCUUUACAUGAGAUUUUUGCAUUGCGUGGUGGGCAUGGGCAAGAAGAUCUCUUUCGAAUUUUGAAGGCAUAUACCAUCCAUAACCCACAAGAUGGGUACUGUCAGGCACAGGGUCCAAUUGCUGCCGUCCUGUUGAUGCACAUGCCUGCAGAGCAAGCGUUUUGGUGCCUUGUUUCUAUUUGUGAAAAAUAUCUACCAGGCUAUUAUAGUCCUGGUUUGGAAGCUGUUCAUAUAGAUGGUGAUGUUCUCUUUGGCCUUUUGAAAAAAUCUUCACCUUUAAUUUACAAGCACUUGAAAAAGCAAAAGAUCGAACCAAUCCUUUAUAUGACUGAAUGGUUUAUGUGUAUCUUUAGUCGAACAUUGCCUUGGACAGCAGUUCUGCGAGUAUGGGAUAUGUUUUUCUGUGAAGGUGUGAAAGUGAUGUUUCGAAUAGCUCUUGUGCUGUUCAAAUUAACACUAGGAACACCAGAGAAACUUGCAGAGUGUCCAACUCUUUAUGAAACAAUGGAGAAAUUACGACACAUUCCGCAUGAAUUGAUAGAUGGUGAUUUUAUUUCCAAAGAGUCUUUGAAAUUGAAUGUAGAUGAGAAAGACAUGGAGAAGGAACAUCAAUACCAAAUUACUAAACGUAGAAACCUUCGCGAAAAGGCCCAGUCAUCAGCAAAGACAGAAAAACAUGGCUCAAAAAAGAAAAAGAAAGAAAAACUAGCUACACUAUUUCUUCUUGGUUUUCAUCCAAACAGUCUUAUUGCUAUCUUUUCUUUGACAGUUCGGUUUCCAAACCCGACUCACUGCAACAGCGAUGUACACUUUCUUCCUCUCUUUGGUUUUCUUCUUCUUCUUUACACAAUUCAGCUUAUAACAGAGGUAUAUACUUUCUUCCUCUCUGGUUUUCCUUUUCCUUUUCUUUACACAAUUCAACUUAUAACAGAGGUAUAUGCUUUCUUCUCUGGUUCUUUUUCUUUAAACGCAGGCUGA